UUUUUUAUAACGAAAUUACCAUCCUCUACACUUUCCUAGUGAACUGCGAAAAUCCCUUUACACGCAGUUUGUUCUUCGGUUCCCCUCUUCAUCCACCUGAAGCUGCCUUCUCUCUCUCCGCUGAAGUGAGGUCAAUCAAAUCCCAAAUACCCAAUUAGAUGGCAGCAAAUGCAUCAACUGUGGAGCCGAUUCCCACAUCGGCGGUUUUAAUGGCGGCAUCAAAGCACAUAGCAACAAGAUGUCGCGAUGAAAACGUCGCUUUUUUGAAGUGCAAGAAGAAAGACUCUAAUCCUGAGAAAUGCCUCGACAAGGGUCAACAAGUCACUCGUUGUGUCUUUACCCUGCUGAAAGACCUUCACCAGAAGUGCACAAAGGAGAUGGAUGCAUAUGGAAAUUGCAUGUAUUACCACACAAAUGAAUUUGAGCUGUGCCGCAAAGAGCAGGAAGCAUUUGAGAAAGUAUGCCCUCUGGAAUGAUAGAGAUAAGCUUUUUUAUAAAGAUAAGCUGAUUCCUGCUAGACUGCUAUAAGCUCUGUUUCUGUUGUUCAUCAUGAAAAGAAGUUGAUGCAUCUAUUCUCCAAGGAGAAGUGCAGAACUAAUAAAUAUUGUGGUGUUUUUUCUCUAAAUCAUGAAAAAUAGUGGUGCCUUUUGAAUCAUCCAUCAUGUGUUGAUUGUGGAGAAUACAAAAAUUGUAUGGUUCUUUGACAUUGAUUGUAAGCAUGAGAUAUCCUACCCUUUGCAAUUAAUUAGUGAAGGUAUCGGCAUUCAUUAAUAAAUGUGUAAUCAUUGGGUUCUUGCGUA